AUGGUUGACCAAGCAAACGAUGACUUCGAUCAGAAGACCGAUCAGUUCAUGACAUGGCUGCAAUCCCAGCCGGGCGUUCAGAUCUCGCCAAAGAUUGCUUUGCAGGACUACAGGAGCGACAAUGCAGGACGGGGUGUUGUCGCUGUGCAGGACAUCGCUGAAGGAGAGCUCCUCUUCGCCAUCCCAAAAUCUGCCAUGCUUGCCACCCCGAACUCCGAUCUGUCCACCAGAAUUCCUCAGGUUCUCGCCGACCUCGAAAACCCUUGGCUCUGCUUGAUCCUUACCAUGCUGUACGAAUCAGCUCGGCCAGACUCCCGCUGGGCGCCAUACUUGGCUAUCCUUCCGGAGGCCUUCUCGACUCCCAUGUUCUGGUUUGAGGAAGAGUUGAUUGAACUUAAGGGUACUGCCGUUUUGGAUAAGGUUGGCAGGGCGGAGGCGGAUGAAACAUAUCAGACCCAGAUCGUGCCAGUUAUCGAGGCUCACCCAGACCUCUUCUCAAGAGAGCACUGCACCCUCGAGAAUUUCCAUCGCAUGGGUUCCUUGAUCUUGUCUUACUCAUUCGACGUUGAGAAGGCCCCUGCGGGCGGCACUCACGACGCCGAUGAGGACGAUCUGGAGGAGGAAGAAUACGAGAAGAGCAUGUGCCCUCUUGCCGAUCUGCUGAAUGCCGACGUCACCCUUUGCAAUGCACACUUGUUUUACUCCGCGGAUUCUUUGGAGAUGAAGGCAACUCAGGCUAUUCCGGCCGGUGAGCAGGUAUACAAUACGUACGGCGAUCUGCCAAAUGCCGACUCCCUGCGGAGAUAUGGCUACGUGAAGAUGGGUGGAUCGGAGUACGAUGUACUGGAGAUCUCGGCUCCGAUGGUGACUGACGCUGCUGGCGCUUCAUUGAUGGAGAAGGACCGCGAGGUUAGGAUCGAUUACCUCCUGGAAGAAGGUGUCUUGGAAGACGGAUUCGACAUCGAUGCUGCAGGUGAAAUACCGGAGGAAUUGCUCAUCACCAUCCAUACUCUGCAAAUGGGCAGACUGGAAUUCAAGAGACAUAAGGAUGCAGAGAAAGUCCCCAAACCCAGAAAGACAAAGAAGGCCCAAGAGAUUCUUCUUUCUAUCUUGGAUGCGCGUGAGAAGGAGUACCCGACAACACUCGAGGAGGACGAGGCCAAGUUGCGUGAAGCAAACGUGUCGCUCAACUUGCGGAACGCUCUCGAAGUGCGGAUUGGGGAGAAGAGAAUCUUGAAGAAGUGCAGAAAGGAUUUUCAGUUUUGGGCUACUGAAGAGGAGGAGAAGCCGAAGACCAAGAGAAGCCGAGAUGAGGACGCUGAAGGCAAGGGAAAGAAGGCAAGAAAGUAA